AUGGGGUCGGAGAUGUCUCCUACGCCAGUCCGGGUCUCCAUUCGACUCACGUCGUUGAAGACACCACCACCUGUGUCUUCUCCAGGUCUCGGUCCACCUCUAGCUACGCCAAGACCACCUUCACCAGUGCCAGGACCUUCGUGGAGGCCAGACACACCGGUGCAACCUAUAACAGAGAUCGGAGGUAGUGGUAAUAUACCCGGGCACGUCCCUGACGUGUCCAAGGGGGCCAUACCUCGUCGACCACCGGCAACGUACGUGAAGACCAGGGUCUUCACGAGAUCUCAACCACCAGCAACGAAGCCCAGGAGAAGCUCUGUCCUUCCUGUAACCGCUCCAGCCCGCACAACACCUGCGGCAACGGCCGAGUCCACGCCUAUGGAGGUGGAGAAGGCUGCAGCGCUCCCCACUAAGAGCCAACAUGCUGCUAACACUCAGGUAGCCUCAACAUCCACGUUUAAGCUUCCUGAGUGUCCACCUCAUUUGACACCAGCCUUCGCCGCCUACAAGGAGGCACUGGAGCGGGCUGCCAAGACGGGAGUACAGGAGACUGGCAUCCCUCGUGCUGAGGAGAUACCAGAGCCAGUUCCAACCAAUGUUCCCGUCCGCCGGAGGACGAAGAAGAAGAAGAAGAGGAAGAAGGGGGAACUGAGAGGGCCUAAUUGGGCGGCAAUGGAGUACUUCGGGGGCAGUGCACCGCCUGUCUCCGAAGACUCUGGUAUCGGUGACGGAGAGGACAGCGACGACGACGUCCUGGAAUUGGACUACGAUGGAGACUUGUAG